GAUAAAGUCUGAAGAUCAAACAUUUGAUACUAAUGUUUUUCCUUCAGCCUUAUUUACUUAUGGUCUGAUGCAAAUCAGUAGUUCUUGAAUAAUCAGAUCAAAAGUCAGAAUAAUUCUCCUGAAGUUCCUGUUUUUCAGUGAUAAAACACAGAAACUGUUUCCUGAGUUCAGUCUUGGUUCCUGCAGAGGAAGAGGAGACGUUCUUCGCUGCUGGAUCUUCAUCUUAAAUCAUCGGCUGCAGUUUCUGAUUUUCUCUGAGCGUUUUCAGCCGUCAGUGAUGAAUAUCAACAUCCUGGGGACCAAAGUCCAUGUGCUCCUGGUGUUUGUUGGGGCUCUGUGUGUCCUGCUGCUGUUUGGGUGCAUUGGGGUAAUCUCUUGGGGCGGCUGGAAAAUGAACCAACAGGAUGAAGCUGUGGCUGAUUUAAAGAAUUUGAAGACUGAAAAUGAAAAAUCACAAAAUGAAACUAAGAAACUUAGCAGCCAAUUGGAGAACCUAAAUGAAACAUUACAGGAAGAAACUGAGAACCUCAGCAGCCAAUUGGAGAACCUAAAUGAAACAUUACAGGAAGAAACUGAGAAACUCAGCAGCCAAUUGGAGAACCUAAAUGAAAAAUCACAGCAUGAAACUGAGAACCUCAGCAGCCAAUUGGAGAACCUUAAUGAAACAUUACAGGGAGAAACUGAGAAACUCAUCAAAAAAGUGGAGAACCUAAAUGAAAAAUCACAGCAUGAAACUGAGAACCUCAGCAGCCAAUUGGAGAACCUUAAUGAAACAUUACAGGGAGAAACUGAGAAACUUAGCAGAAAAAUUGAGAACCUAAAUGAAAAAUCACAGCAUGAAACUGAGAACCUCAGCAGCCAAUUGGAGAACCUUAAUGAAACAUUACAGGGAGAAACUGAGAAACUCAUCAAAAAAGUGGAGAACCUAAAUGAAAAAUCACAGCAUGAAACUGAGAACCUCAGCAGCCAAUUGGAGAACCUUAAUGAAACAUUACAGGGAGAAACUGAGAAACUUAGCAGAAAAAUUGAGAACCUAAAUGAAAAAUCACAGAAUGAAACUGAGAAACUUAGCAGCCAAUUGGAGAACCUUAAUGAAACAUUACAGGGAGAAACUGAGAAACUCAGCAGAAAAAUUGAGAACCUAAAUGAAAAAUCACAGAAUGAAACUGAGAACCUCAGCCGGAUAAUCCUACUCAUCCUGAAAUUCAACCUUUAUCCAGUAGCUGAGCACUGCGACAGCAAAGAGUGUUUGCUGUGUCAGACAGGUUGGAUCUUCUUCAAUGAAUCAUGUUACUUUAUCAGUGGAUCCCAGGAUUCUUUGACCUGGGAUCAAAGUCGUCGGUUCUGUCAGUUAAAAUCUGCUGAUCUGAUUGUUAUUAAUAAUCAGCAGGAACAGGAAUUCAUUUAUUACAAAUUAAACACAAACACAUACUACUGGUUGGGGCUACAGAAUAAUGGGACCAACUGGGUUUGGAUUGACGGUCGUAUCGACACACUUGGGUUCUGGAACAGGAAUAACAAUUAUGAUUCAUAUGCAUUCAUGUAUCAAACUGGGUAUCCCACAGCGAGCUGGGGCUCAGGAUCAAACACAUACCAAUACCAAUACUGGAAUCAAUACUACUACACACACAUCUACCCCUCCCCCCUCUGUGAGCAGAAAGUCUUCAAAGUGUCUCUUAAUUAACUCUGUUGCUGUUUCCUCCUUUUUCUGCUGCAGUUUUUCCAGAUUAACAGAUUAGAGACAAAUCAGAUUUUCUCUUUCAUCUUUACCAUGAAUAUCUUUAGUCUUUACUUCUGUUGCCUUUUACUGUUUAUUCAUUACAGAUGAUGUUUUCACCUCUAUAAAUAUAUUUACUUUAGCAAAAAAAUCUCCAAGAACUCAAAAUGACUAAAAUGAUUAAUUUCACUCAUUAUAAUCUGAUCUAAGUUUUGAUAUUUUUCCAUAUUGUAAAUAUGCUUCAUUAGAGUGUGAUUAUUUGGUUGAUUUAUUUACUGAUACUGGAAAUUAAUAUUUACUAAAGACACUAUUGAAGUCUGUGUGGUCAAAAAUCCUCCACCUCAAAGAUUGGCUGUUCUUUACUAUAAUCAUGUUUGAUUCAGUCAAUAUCAAUAUAUUUUAUUAAUUUACUAAAGCAAUUAAUCAAAGUGUCAUUAAAGGUGCAGAAACCCACCAGAUGAAGGAUUUAAAAAAGAUUUUCAGAAAAUUAAAACAGAUUAUAUUUGAUUCAUUGACACAUUAAAUGAAAAUGAUUAAAACAUUUUUUAAUCCUACAAGUGAAUUCCUUCAAUGAAAGUUUGAUUUUUACAGAUUUUUAUCUUGACUUGAUUUUAGUUACAGUUAGAAACAUUGUUUUUAUGUUUGGGUUUUGUAAAAAGUGUAAACUUUGUUUUAUUCUUAAACAACAAUAUAAUCUUUGGCCUGGAUUGCAAAAUCAAAACCAAAACUGUUAAUGGCAAAAUUAUGCAAAUACAACUGUUCAUAGAUCAAUAAACUUUAGAUUCUAAUAAUAUUUAACACUGCAACUGGAAGACAUUUAAAUAUACAAACAAAACAAUAAAUAAAACAGAGACGUCCAAAAUUGUCCCUGAAAUAAAAGGUUGAGACGAAAGCAGCAGAAUGAAACGUCUGUCAUCCUGUUUUUGGUAGAAAGAGAGAAAGAAAAGAGAAAAACAAUAAAUCAUGCAGUUGGAAAUUAUUGAGCUCAUUUUUAUUUACUGUGCAUUUCAUUGAUUUAUUGCAUCAGGCCAAUUUGUAAAGGAAAAAUAUUUUAGAUGAAUUCUUUAUUCUAGUUGUGUCCCUUUGCUAAUGUUGCACCAGAAUUUCCUCUGUGGGACAAUAAAGGAUAUGUUUUCUUCUUAAUGUAAUAUAUUUUUUAUUUAAUACUUUUAUCAAACUUUUCUGUAUAGAAAACUUUUGCCUUUAUAUUUAAAAUCUGAAAAAUUGGAUUUCAUGGGGUCUUUGAUUAUUUACUAAAAUGUUUUUGUUUUUUCUGUCACUACAUGAUUGUAAUUAGUUGAUAGUUUAUAUUUUUGCCUGCUGCUGUUUGAGCUUCAUGAUAAUAUUGUUUAUCUACAAAUAAAGUGAAAUGCUGA